UAGCAGCAAUUUUAAUCAAUUUUGAAAGACAUAGCGAAUGGCAGUCAAAAGAAGUAAAAAUWAGGCCCAAAAGUGGUUCAAUGUUAUUGUACAGCAGGAAAAAAGUGCGGUACAGACGGGAUGGAUAUUGUUGGAAAAAAAGAAAAGACGGCAAGACUACUCGUGAAGACCACAUGAAGUUGAAAGUUCAAGGAACUGAGUGCAUUUACGGGUGCUAUGUACAUUCAGCGAUACUUCCGACAUUUCACAGAAGGUGUUACUGGUUGUUGCAAAAUCCUGAUAUGGUGUUGGUGCAUUAUUUGAAUGUACCGUAUCCGGAUGACAACAAAUUAUCGGUUAUUUCGCCAAGCCUUGCACUGUGGGCUGAUCGUAAAGAGUGGACGAAAGACGAAUUACUAUCUCAGUUAAAACCCAUGUUUUACGAAGAAGACCCUGACCUUAACAACGAAAUGGAAGUAUCGACGGCCGAGUGUGUAGCGGCUAUGGUUACACAACUGAUGGAGUGGCAGAAGAACGCCAGAGCGACAUUACUUAGCCGAACGCUGGAAUGUGGAUGUCCGGACUCCACGUGCGCGGACGGACAAUCGUGCUCGCGCCCGAUCAGACGGAUUUCGCCGUCAGACAGUAAUCAGGUGUCAUCGACGACUGGGAAUCGAUCGCGCCCCGGUACAAUAUUACUCUCCAACAACCACAUUAAUUCGUCCAGGACCACGAUGAACACAUUAAUGAUCGCUAAUCACGUCAGUCAUAAGGCACAAAGUGGGCAAACCUCCUUGAACMCGACAAUAAACAACAACUUGUUGUCAAAUCCCMCWAGGGAUUUUCUCAAUCAACCACAACAACAGCAAUCGCAACCACAACAACAACAAAUAAUUCUCAAGCACGAUUGUAGAGAUAACAACCAAAUAUUAAACGAUAGACAACCACCAAUCAACGUAACGGACAAUAAUCACAUUCCCACUACAAUGAUAUCAUAUAAACCACAAGGUUCAGACGAAGUGAUCCACGUGUAUAACGAAAAACAAACAUAUCACACUUCUCAAAAUCAAGACGAGCAUACUGCACAUUUAUUCCACGGACAAGAUCAUCUAAAAGAACAGUCAGACCACGUGAAAUCGGAAUUCUAUGAUGUCACGUUAACUUUGUCUCACGACGAUAUACAACAGACACUUUCAGCCAAUAUGCCUGUAUCGUGCACCAGUGCUGAUCAAUUACUAAGAUUGGAUGACGAUCAUAGUAAUAAGAAUCUARACGGUACUGGAGACGAUGUAUUUGUAAGUCUUGAUGCAUUUGAUAUGCUUACUGACUUCCAAGAACUUGAUAUCCUGGAACAAGCAACGCAACAUGCUUCAAAUCUGGUUACGGAAAUAGGAGCAAAUKCCGAGGAUAUGCAGCCACAUGGUCAAACACAAUUAGACAUGGAUGUAUUACAAAUAACUGAUUACUGUCCUGAGUGGGCGUUUCCCGAGGGAGGUGUUAAGGUACUUAUCACGGGUCCUUGGUUUUCUUCCUCGUCGUACACUGUUAUGUUUGAUACGAUUACAGUUCCGAGCACUUUGAUUCAAGGAGGUGUUUUACGAUGUUACUGUCCAGCUCAUGAUAUAGGCACUGUUACAUUACAAGUAGUCAUUGAUGGCAGGCCAGUAUCAACCACCGCGAUAUUUGAAUACCGUCAACACGAAUUCCCACUAACCAUUUCCUCGUUAGCAAUGUCAAAUACACCGUCUCUACUCAAGUUUCAUUUACUACAAAAACUUGACUCCGUUGAAGAUUACUUACAGCAUCCGAACAAUCAACAAACAAACCAAUCAUUAAAGGAUAGUAUCGUUAUGUUUAGCAAGCCUAACUUUGAAGACCAGCUUGUAAAUUACUGUGAAAAAAUGAAACAGCUUAAAUGGAAAUCUGAAUCUGAAUGCAAUGUCAAGCAAUUAGAAACCGAAACCACAAUUUUACAUAUGGCCGCWUUUUUGGGAUAUUCUAAACUUGUAUGCAUACUACUUCAAUGGAAAUUAGAAAACGUAUCACUGUUUCUAGAAAUGGAAGUCAAUGUGUCAAAACAAGAUCGUGAAGGAUAUACGCCGCUGAUGUGGGCUUGUAAAAAAGGACACAAAGAUACAGCAGUUUUACUGUGUCAGUGGUAUCAAACUGUUCAAGGUUCGAAUAACAAUUUUAAUCAAGAUUUUUCUCAGCCUGAUAUAUUGGAAUCCGUUCAUCAGUAUUUCAACGACUUCAAUGAAAACCAGUAUUACACCAAUGACAAUUUAAGUAACGAUGUAUUUUUAAGGCCCGAUGGAAUCAAUAGUGACAUCAAGAAAGAAAUUAAUCAAACUACUGUCCAUCUAAAUAAUCCAACAAUACCACCUAAUAAAUCUGUUACCAUAUUAUAUUCAAAAGAUGAAACCAAAUUAGAUAAAAACGAAAUAAAACCACAAGAAACUCAAGGUUCCAAAAGAUCAUUACCUAAUAGUUUUUUUCAAACUGAUGACUAUUAYGAUCAAUUUUGCAAACCAUCACUCUUUUUCCCAUCUAUUCAAAAGUUCCAAAAGAGUUUGUUUCUUCCACUACAAUCUCCUACAUCAGAUAGCGGAAAUUCUUCUGAAAAAUCACCAGUAUUAACAAAGUCUGAUUUUAUAAUUUGCAUGGUAACUGCGCUGGCCGAGGGACCGGCGGACAGAGCCGUGGGUAGUGAGAACGAUGGCAAUGGUAACAUGCGAUCCCACGAACGUCAGAACGAUGAACGAAUCGAAGACGCUGUUCAAACGCCCAAAGAUCCCGCUGAACAUGCAAUCAUAACUGAUAUAAACCUAUCGCAAGAUAUCAAAGUCCAAGUUGUUAAACAUUUGAAUGGACUCAAGGUGGCUUUUAAUAAAUACUUCCCAAAAUGUGAAAAAGGAGACCACUGGAUAGCAUUCCCUUUCAGUAAAAAAUAUUUCGAAUCUGCAGUUUUAUCAGUACGAGAAAAAGAAAAACUUAUUGAACUGAAGACGAAUUCUUCACUUGAGCCUGUAGGUCCACCUCCGUUAGUGGCGUUACUCCAGCUUUCUUGCCAUUCAAUCCAGACGUCUUUUUCGCUCUGCGUUCUGUCCUUCCUGUCGUAUUUGUUUGCUCGGUAUUUAGCCAGGGCCUUUAGAGGCGUCAGUGAAGACACAACCGCAAUGGCCUCAUGRGAUACUGUUCUAUWGCUACAUACUGUUCCAAUGGACAUUCUCCGGUACACUGUUUCUAACUUCUUCCAUGCCAUAGUCGUCAUUAUCUCUGCCCAGCAAGGUGCCCCGURUAGGAGCUUCGAAGUCACUACACACGAUAGAAGCUUUCUUCUUUUCUGUCCAACUCCACCUAUAUUAGGUAGAAUGUAUCCUAGCUGUCUUGUUAUAACCGCGGUCUUCUUUGCUGUUUGUUCUGCAUGUUCUUUGAAUGUGAGCUUUGGGUCAAACGUUAAGCCCAGGUAUUUGAUCUUAUUGCUCGAGCUCACCGUCGUGUUACCGCAMUUAACAUUUAUGUUUUUCUGCGUAUAUCGUGCAGUAAAUAUAUUGCCUCUGUCUUGUGUUCUGCCAAUGCAAAAAGAUCGUGAAAUAGAAACACCCACGUCCAGCACCAGUUUGACCUUGAGUCCAGUAUCAAGCGCAUCACAAUGUUCGCCAGCAUCACCGCCGCCGACUGCUGCAGAUCUAUGUGAAUUCCUCCAUGCUUCAUCAAACAAUCAAUACUUUGAAAAGAAUUUUUCAAACCUUACACUGUCUGAUUACGAACAACGAGAAUUAUAUGAGGCGGCCAAAACUAUUCAAAAAGCGUACAGAACGUACAAAAAAAAAGAAGAAGAUAAAGAAAUUUCAGCUGCUUCAGUUAUUCAAAAUUAUUAUCGCCGUUACAAACAGUAUGCGUACUAUAAACAGAUGACAAAAGCUGCGAUUUUAAUUCAAAAUCGGUAUCGUAUAUACAGAAGACAUAAGCGGAUUAAAAAAGAAGUUCCUCGUUACAUUAAUAACACGUUCACUGUCAUUAAAAAAAAUCAGAAUCAAAAAUGCCAAAACCAAGCAGCACGAAAAAUUCAACAAUUUAUGAGACAGUCCAAGAAUAGUACGUCUCCUCCUGCGACUAUCAACGAACGCAAUUUUGGAUCUCGUAAGCGAGAAGCUAACGGCAAUCACAAUAUGAAAUAUCCGCCGUCAAAAGUGGCCCAAUACUCGACACUCAACCAAAACUGAUGUUUGACAUUGCACCACUAUAAUUACGAUCUAAUUUAAUGUUACUGCGUUAUUGUAAAAUAUAAUUUACCGUAGAGUCUUAGACUAUAUUAUUAUCAGCUGUAGUUGUUAGUUUCUUAAUGUCAGCGUUUGAAUUGUUUAGUACUAACGUAUAAUAGUUGUGAAGAAAACGCGAGUGACGAAACUCGUCCACAUGUUAAAUCUUGUUUAGGCUGCAAACAAACACAUACCUAUUCAUUAUUAUUAAAACGUAUAUUAUGUACAGGUACCAUAAUAUUAAAUGAAGUGGAGACGGAUUUCUACUUUACGCGUGGGAUGUAAACGAAAAAUGUUCAAGUAACAUGAUAAAAAAUUAUAAUUACAUGGUAACGUGGUUAACCGUGUGGUAACCUAACCCAACCAACCAAUCAAAGCAAAGGAUUUAAGCGAACAUAUUGUACAGUGGAAACCCACCUUUAUUUAAAAUGUGUAUUAUUGUCAAAUGCGUCCACGGUCGUUCAUAUUGAAACUAGUGUGGUUCGACCCCCGUAUACGCGUACCUUGGUAUAUAGGUAAUAUUAUUAUACCACACUCGUAUUGAUUGGUCCUUAUAUAAUACUAUAUGCACAUAAUAUUAUUCUAUUUACUCGUACGUACACCACCUUAUUCGAUGUACUUUACUUUAACG